AUGAGGCCUAGCGCUGAUCGCAUAUCCUGCCGGCCUUCCGAUCCGCCGGGUCUGCCAUUUGAUAAGAAAAACACCCCGCCCCCCAACCUUCACCACCGCGGCCUCCACACCUUGCCCGGACCCAACUCCACGCAAACAUCCAACAUUAAAGACACUCGGCAGCCAACCAACGAUGUUCCAUCCAUCAUGCCAGACGCGUCCCACGCUUCCAAUUCGUGCUGGACCUGUCGGCAGAAGCGGGCCAAGUGUGACAGACUCCUUCCGACUUGCCUCCGCUGUACCUCCUUGAAGCUUCGGUGUCAAGGAUAUGAUCGACCGAAGAGGUUGGUGUGGACCAAUAGUGUGGCCAGCCGAGGCAAGAUGAUGGGAAAAGCCACAUACGACGCAGAUCAAGAACCGAAUGAUGAUCUUAUCGCCGCAAGGCCUUGUCAGUCUGGCCGUCUCGCAGUGGGACACCCUCGGGACACUUUGCGCGAAGCACUGCCGGCAUCACUUGACGUGUCAUGGUCUCUCAUCGAUCCUGACCUGCAAGACUUGUCAGUUGAUUGCCGGAAGUACAUACGCUAUUUUGACAUGGAAAUGUCCAAGGAAUGUGUCGUUUACCAGACAUCCAGCAAUCCUUUCUUGUCCCUGAUGCCGCUUAUGUCCAGAAGUCAUGCCUUGUCCCAUGCGAUGAUCGCAAUCUCGGCCUUUCACUACUCUCAUCGGCUGGUCAUCAGCCAGAUGCAAAUUUCCUGUGCGGAAAGAAGGCUUCUUGAAGUUGAGAAUACUUCACUGUGGCAUAAGUCACAGGGACGCGACUGGCAGCUGAGGCAGCCAAACUUCUCGCCCUCACUGCGUGUAGCUCUAGCUCAUAAGCAAAGAGCCUUGCAAUAUCUCAAGAUAGAAAUCCAGGACGACGAUGUGACAAACAACGAUGCCGCAGUGGCAGCUAUCGUUCUAUUUAUCUGCAUGGACGUGGUUGAGUUUGGCAGCCGUGGAUGGGAGCAUCACCUGGGAGGUGCUGGUGAAAUACUCCAACAGCGUAAAGCUACCCUUCAGAAUCGCAGUAUUGGAGCCGAUCAUUGGCUGGAAUAUUUUGACACAGCCUACACGACAUUUGGGAUCAUCGGCGCAACACUGGCGCCAGCAAAGGGCUCUUUCGCUCAGCAACUAGCAUCCCUUGAUCCGUCUCUCCUAAGGAUCUUGCGCCAGUCGGAAGAUCAAACUUGGGUUGGCUGUCCUGCCGAGCUGCUGUACCUAGUUUCCGUCAUCAACUCUUUGCGAUCACUCUCGACGUGUUCUGAGACAGAGCAGUUGAAGGUCGAUGAGCUGUGCAAAGGUCUCGACAACUUCUCGCCAUCAGCUUGGGCAGAGAAUUUCCCAGAUCCGGAGCACUAUCAGUCACGAUCGCACCUUGCGCACGCUUACAAGGCGGCGGUUGAAGUUUACGCCUCUCACAUUGUAGGGCCGCUGCUCGAUCAAGGGCAUAAUCUCUCUGACCUGUAUCUCGAAGGGGUAACUCGAUCCGGCAUACUCCAUAUGCUCUCCAUUUCAGCCCAGGACUUCCAUGUGAAGAGCCUGGUGUGGCCGGCCUUUGUCGUUGGGGCAGAGAUCCAAGCGGCCGAUCUUAAGAUUAUGGUACGGGAAAUCUUCAGGAAUAUCUGGAUAUCGUCGUGUUGCUACAAUGUUAGAAAUGCCAUUGAGAUGCUGGAAAGGAUCUGGGCCCGAGACGAUGAUGAGAAGAUGGCAAAGUCUUGGCUCAACUAUCUCUGGUCACUGGAAGAUAGUUGGCUAUUCCUUUAG